CAAUCAUCCAUCAUUUGCAAAACUUAGCUCCCUUCAUUUUCCUUCCUGUUUCAGCUCUUUUUUUCCGUUCCCAUUUCAAAACAGAAGAUGGAGUCUCAAGAACCAAAGGCUACCGGCUCCACUUUGACGCCUUCGAUGUACUCGAACCGGGUGAUGUUGAAAACCGUGUUGGAAAGUUGUGAUGGCGGCGAUAUGGGGUUGGUUAGUAAGACGGUGGUGGUUGGCGGGUGGGUUAAAUCUUCCAAGGAGGUGAAGAACCACCCUGUUCCACUGCCUCCAGAUGCUUCGCCGGAGCGUAAAGGACUGUCCUGUUUGGAGAUUCUUGAGUCCCGAAUCCCCUGUUUCAGGACCAUUAUCAGGAUUCUGUGCGGUCCUGCUAGCUCCCCAUCUGUUCGAGAAAAGCUCGAGUCUUUGAUUCCUAAACCAUCAUCUUCUUCCACAUUGUUUCUACUGAUUAACGACGGCUCUUGCAUUUCAACUCUCCAGGUCUCGAUAGAUUCAACUAGAGCCCCAAUGUCAGCAGGCCAAACUGGAACAUGUAUAUUAGCCCAGGGCGUUCUGCAAAAAGCUUCAUCAAAUGGAAAACAAACGAUUGAGCUUAAAGCAGAAAAAAUUCUUCAUGUUGGAACAGUUGAGCAGGAUAAGUAUCCUCUGUCCAGGAAAAGAUUACCUCUUGACUCUUUAAGGGAUUAUCCUCAUAUUCGUCCUAGGACAACAACGGUAUCAUCCGUCACUCGAAUUCGAAGCGCCCUAGAUUUUGCAUCCCACACAUUCUUUCGGGACCAUGGUUUUUUACAUGUGCAAAUGCCAAUCAUCACAACUACUGAUGCCGAAGGGUCCAGUGAAAAGUUUCAGGUUACAACUCUUCUGGGAAAAACAAACAAGAAAGAGGAGCCACUCGGUGUUAGUGAUGCCGAUACUGUUAGCCUUGAAAAUGUUAAGGCUGCUAUAAAGAAGAAAUCGAGUGUAGUUGAACUACUCAAGCGAAGUGACAGCAAUAAAGAAGCACUUGCUGUUGCUCUUCAGGAUUUGCAGGAAACGAAUGAAUUAGCUCAGCAGAUUGAAGCCAGAGAAAAAUCGAAACCAGUAACUGCAGUGAAGCCCGGCUCGGUGAACUUCAAUGAAGAUUUCUUUGGUGGCCAGAAUUAUUUAACUGUUUCUGGUCGCCUUCACCUGGAGAGCUAUGCAUGUGCGAUCGGACAUGUUUACUCGUUCGGACCAAGAUUUCGAGCCGAUAAAACAGUGUCCCCCAGACAUGUUGCUGAAAUGUGGACUGUUGAGGUCGAAAUGGCUUUUUCACAGUUAGAGGACGCUAUGAAAUGUGCAGAGGACUAUUUCAAAUUCCUCUGCAGAUGGAUAUUGGUUAACUGUUCAGAAGACAUGAAGUUUGUCUCGAGAAGAAUUGACCAAACUAUUACUCACCGUCUCGAAUACAUGACGACAAGUUCUUACGACAAGAUUUCCUAUCGAGAAGCAGUGGAAAUUUUGAGAAAGGUACCGGAUAAGGCUUUUGAAGCACAACUUCAGUGGGGCGUCCCCCUAACAGCCGAGCAUCUAAGCUACUUGGCUGAUGAUCACUAUAAGAGGCCUGUAAUUAUUUACGAUUAUCCGAAAGCAGUUAAGCCAUUUUAUGUGCGCUUGAACGACGAUGGAACAGCUGUUGCAGCCUUUGAGAUGGUUGUACCCAAGAUUGGAACUGUGAUAACAGGGAGCCAAAAUGAAGAGCGCUUUGACAUGCUAAGUACAAGGAUCAAGGAAUUUGACCUGUCGAGAGAUCAGUAUGAUUGGUACCUAGAUCUUCGCAGGCAUGGAACGGUCAAGCACUCGGGAUUCAGCCUGCAGUUCGACCUGAUGGUUCUCCUUACCACUGGCCUCACUGACAUCAGAGAUGCAAUUCCUUUUCCCAGAAGCCAUGGCAAAACCAACAACUAACAUCGAAGAGUACAUGAUAUAUAGUUCAUUAAAAUCGAGACCAGUUUCAGCUUCCUUGUAUUCCAGACAAAGAAAAACUUGUGUAGACAGAUAUACUAAAUACAGAAUACAAGAAAUAUCUUAAUUUAUAGCUAAAGAUCAC